AUGUGGCACUCGGUGGCUCUGCUACUCUCUGGAUUCUCUGCUUUGAUCCACGUGUCGCUGCAGGGUCCUCACCAAAGGAACCUGCUGAAGAACCUCCUGAAGGAUUACAACCGGAUGGAGCGGCCGGUGGGCAACGACUCCCACCCUCUCACUGUCGUCUUCUCUCUCAGUUUGAUACAGAUCAUGGAUGUGGAUGAGAAGAACCAGGUGCUCACUUCAAACAUGUGGCUACGGAUGAGCUGGUUCGAUCACUAUCUCCAGUGGAAUCAGAGUGAACAUCCCGGAGUUAAAAACCUCCGCUUCACCACAGACCAGAUCUGGACACCAGACAUCCUUCUGUACAACAGUGCAGAUGAUGACUUUGACUCCACCUUCAAGACCAACGUUCUGGUGAACUCCAGUGGCUACGCUGAGUAUCUGCCUCCAGGAAUCUUCAUGAGCACAUGCAACGUGGACGUUCGCUGGUUCCCUUUUGACAUUCAGAAGUGUGAGCUGAAGUUUGGUUCCUGGACGUAUGACGGCUGGCUGCUGGACCUCCAGAUGAACGACGCUGACAUCUCAGGCUACAUGCCCAAUGGAGAGUGGGACCUGAUAGGAGUUCCCGGCACCAGAAAUGAGAUUUUCUACGAUUGUUGUAAAGAGCCCUAUCCAGAUGUGACAUUUGUGGUGACAAUACGGAGGCGCACGCUCUACUACGCCCUGAACCUGCUCAUCCCCUGUGUGCUGCUGUCUUCUAUGACCCUGCUUAUCUUUGUGCUACCAGCUGACUCUGGGGAGAAGAUCUCACUGGGCAUCACUGUCUUGCUGUCUCUUACUGUUUUCAUGUUGCUGGUCGCAGAGAUCAUGCCAGCCACAUCUGACUCCGUCCCACUUAUAGGCCAGUACUUUGCAAGUAUAAUGAUCAUCGUUGGGAUGUCAGUCAUCGCCACAGUGGUGGUUCUGCAGUAUCAUCACCACGAUCCACACGGAGCAAACAUGCCUAAAUGGGUACAGCUCUUCUUGCUGCAGUGGGUGGCCUGGUUUUUGCGUAUGAAGCAGCCCGGGGAGAAUGACGACCCGGAGCGGCCCCCGUGUGCUCCCCAUCUGCGACGAUGCUCCUCAGGCUCCCAGAGUGGGAGCAUCCCCAACCCUCCAGAUCCCAACAACGGGAACCUUCUUUACAUGGGCUUCCAGAGUCUACCAUCUCAGUUCUGCAUCUCCCCACCACCUCCUACCCCCAAUAUGGAUACUGUAGGAUGUCCCAGCACUGUCUCCAGUGCUGGAGGCUUUGGCGGUGGACCGGGAGGGAUAGGAGGGUGCUCAGCUGCAGGGAUAGGAGACCCCCAGCUUCAGGCUAUCCUGGAGGAAGUGCGUUACAUGGCAGAUCGUUUCAGGGAGCAGGACGAGACAGAGAGCAUGCUCGACCAGUGGAAAUUUGCAGGCGCUGUAAUCGACCGCCUAUGUCUGGUGGCGUUCAGUGUUUUCAACAUAAUUUGCACCAUCUCGAUCCUCAUGUCUGCUCCCAACUUUGUGGAUGCUAUUUCCAAGGACUUUGUUUGA